UCUUAUUUUUCCCGAAUUAACUCUAUUUCUUUCUACUUUUCCUGACAUUGCAGAAGACGAACUCAAAAUGGCACACACAUUUCAACAAGAAUACAUGGAAAUGCCACCAAUCACUAGAGCUUAUACAACAGCAUGUGUGUUAACAACAAUCGCUGUUCAACUUGACAUUAUUUCACCGCUUCAGAUCUACUUUAACCCAGAUGCAAUAUUUUCAAAGUAUCAGAUAUGGCGGCUUGUCACAAACUUCAUGUAUUUUGGUCCGAUUGGUUUUAACUUCCUAUUCAACAUUAUAUUUGCAUACCGCUACUGUCGAAUGCUUGAGGAGGGGUCAUUUCGGAACAAAACAGCUGAUUUUUUUUUCAUGAUUUUGUUUGGAUGUACAUUAAUGAUUGUAUUAGGUUUUUUUGUAAACAUAGUAUUUUUAGGUAGUGCCUUUACCAUCAUGUUAGUCUAUUUGUGGAGUCGUCGUAAUCCCUAUGUCAGAAUGAAUUUCUUUGGGUUGAUGACAUUCCAUGCACCAUAUCUGCCAUGGGUUUUGCUUGGUUUCUCGGUUUUGCUGGGAAAUUCUGUCAUGGUUGAUUUGAUGGGAAUUGCUGUGGGUCAUAUCUAUUACUUUUUGGAAGAUGUCUUUCCACAGCAACCAGGAGGAUUUAAAAUUCUUAGAACUCCAUGGUUUUUGACCUACCUCCUAGAUGGUCCCCCUGAAGAUCCCAACUACAACCCACUCCCAGAGGAUCGACCCGGGGGAUUUAACUGGGGUGAGGCACAAAGACCACCCCAACAAAACGGUGAAAAUUGA